CUGCUCCUUUAAAUAUACAAAUUCUAUGGCCAACCCUCUAUUGGGUAGAGGCUUGGAACGCAUGACGUCAGAACCCGGAAGCCCACUACCGGGUAGGUGUGUGAGGCUGGGGAUGUGGGGCAGUGCGCCGGUGACGUGUCUCAGGAAAUGCAGGACUGACUGACUACAAUGAGGUACAAGACCUGUAUGAAUCCAUCAUGGUUCUCCAGAUCCAACUUGCACACCUUUCUGCUUGGGUUUACUUUCGUUGGCCUUGGAUCAAGCCGUGUCCUUUUGGUGAAGUUCUCCGCUAAUGAGGAUAAUAAAUACGACUAUGUUCCAGCCACGGUCAAUGUGUGCGCUGAGGCUGUCAAGCUCUUUUUUUGUCUGAUAAUGGCCUUUCGAGUCAUUGUGAAAGAAAGGCGGUCAUUGCGAUGCUCCUCGUGUUUUACAUUGAAGGAAUUCUGCCGCUACAUCAAAUGGGCUGUACCUGCAUUUCUCUACUUUUUAGACAAUCUCAUAUUUUUCUAUGUCCUGAUCUAUCUACAGCCAGCCAUGGCUGUAUUGUUGUCCAAUUUUGUUAUCAUUACAACUGCGUUCUUCUUCAGGAUCAUAUUAAAGCGGCACCUUUCCUAUGUUCAGUGGGCCUCUCUUCUAGUACUCUUCCUGUCCAUAAUGGGCCUCACAUCCCAUAAUGGCACCCACAAAGAAGUCUCAGUCCACGGAGUUCACAACAUUUUCCACUCAAAACCAUCCAACAGUUGCCUUUUUGUGGCAAAACCUGAUGCCGAAAGUCAUGAAACCAGUAAUCCAGCAAUACAGAGUACAUUAAAAUAUAUCCCUCUUGGAUUUGGACACCUUCUGAUCUUACUGCAGUGCGUUAUAUCUGCACUGGCAAAUAUCUACAAUGAGAAAAUCCUGAAAGAGGGGGACCAGAUGUCUGAGAGCAUUUUUAUUCAAAACAGCAAACUUUACGUGUUUGGUGUUUUGUUUAAUGGACUCACAUUGUCUCUACACAGUGAGCACUUCGGCAAAAUAAAGUCCUGUGGAUUUUUUUAUGGGCAUAAUGGAUUUUCAAUUGCUCUCAUUUUUGCAACUGCAUUUGUCGGGUUGUCAGUGGCUUUUAUACUAAAGUUCCGAGACAAUAUGUUUCACGUACUCACAGCACAAGUGACAACCGUUAUAAUUACCAUUGUGUCAUUUUUUGUAUUCAAUUUUAAGCCCUCUCUGGAAUUCUUUCUCCAAGCUCCUGUGGUUCUUCUCUCUAUAUAUAUUUAUAAUGCAAGCAGAAUAAUAGAAUCCAAAGGCCCUGCUCAACGUGAAAAGUUAAAAAUAGUAAAUGGAGAUGUUUGGGAACGCUCUCGUGGUGAUGGGGAGGAGCUUGAAAAGUUAACCAGAACAAGUGAUGACUCUGAGACCGAUGAAGACAUUUUUUAAUGAAUAUGAUGUAGCACAGACUAAACAGUCACAGAUAUAUGGACUUUUUUUUUUUUUUUUUUUGUUUAAUUGUCUAAUUUGGUGGUGCAAACACAGUGGUUUGCAUCGGAUGUUACAUAUUUGGAACUGUUUAUUCUGAAAAAAUAUCAGUGUUGCGAUGCAUAAUGUGAAAAGUUAAAUAUGGUAGGUUACCUUGUUACAUAUGAGCUAUGUGUUAAGGAUAUGUCUUUGCCAGGAAGACUAUUCUACAGAUUUUUAAAGCCAAUCUCUACCUCUGCUUGGACCUCUCCUCCACAAAGUCCUAGUUAUCUGAGGUCUCUGAAUUUCCAGAUUGGGGGACUUAUUUUGAUACAGUCAAAGUGUGCUAACAUGACCUUAGAGGGGCGUAAAUGUCUGAUAGGUGCAGGUCUCCUCUCUAGGAACUUCUCCUGUUGGGAGAACAUCACUCUGGUGACUGAGCAGCACUUGGAAAUGAAAGGAGAACGGCGCAACAGCAUAGCGGCCUCUCUAUUGAACUCCAUGUUAUUCAUGGAGGCCCCCACUCUCCAUAGGUGUGGCUGGGGCUCUCACCUAUCAGGUAUUUACAGCAUAUCCUCUAUGAAUGGGUAAAAGAAGCCAGGCUCCUAAAUAAGCUUGAUAAUGACAGUAGUAAUACUCAAGGUACCGGUCCCCCUCCAACCAGUGUCUUUUGCUGCUCUUUGACACAGAUAUGUGAUCGCUAAGCCAGUCACUACUGCCGCCAGUAAUUGGCUCAGUGGUCACAUUUCCAUGUUGACAGGGAGCAGUAAUUGUAUUGGAUUGGUAAGGUGACUAUUACUACUUUCCUUAUUUUCAAGUAUUCCAAGCAUAUUGUAAAGAAUUUGAGGUGACUGGACAACCCCUUUAAGAUGUGCACAGCCUUUUAAGGGUUGUUCGGUUGUAUUUCUUGUACUGUAUACUGUAAUAUUGCUAAUCAAACACGGUUCCAGAAGAUAUUUUUACUUGAGUGCCUUAGUCUUUUCCAGUUCCUUGCAGGAAAUGUUUGCUCUUACAACCUUAAUUAUAUUUCAGUAGUACGAAGUAAGUUGACACAAAAAAAGUUUUCCCAAAUAUAAAUUUUGAUACGUGAAUCUGUUGAUUUAAUGUGUUCUCUGCGAGUGCAUGUGUGUAUACAUUGUAUACUUGCUUGCAUGCUUUCAUCUUCCUCCUUUGCUUUUUGGUUCUCCAUCUUUGAUUGCCUCAGCAUGGUGGUUCACCACAGGCAGGACGUUUCUACCAACCCAGCUUUGACAGAAUGCCUGUUCAGCGCAACUACACACAAGCACUCCUUCUAGGCAUGUAAUGUGGUUUUAAGGAAAUUAUUUUGUGCUUGAGGAAUAGCAUUUGUAAUGAAUUUUCAAAGUUCCACCAAGAGAGAUCACCUGUGUAGGUAUGGCAGUGUUAAAGCAUGCUCUUCACAUUGGUAGCAGCAUCCCAUUAACUGGUUGUAUGGUCCUCUGUAGGAUCUGUUAAAAGUGGCUUUAGCACCAGUAUUGCUCCAACAAGUUUGGCUACUUGGGAUGUUGCCUGUGUAGUACUACAGUUUGCAGUUAUUUCUGAUUGUGCUGGAAAUACGUUUUAGGUUAUGCAGUUUACAGGAUGUCCUCUCUUUUUGGUGCCAUAGGCAGACAAAAAAAAAUUGCCCCUCAAGCCAUAAAAUCAAUGGAAAAUAAUUGGUGAUUAGGUUAUUGGUAGAGAAUAAUCUAAUGGGAGGAACACUGCUGGUGUAUGGAAGUGAAGGCGUUACUGGGCACUACUGACCUCCUUUGUCCAGCGCUGUGUGUGCGCUCCAGUUAUUGGUCUACCACUAGUGAUGACUAAUUCUUAGUGGCAACAUCAGGUUUUGUAAUACGAAGGAGAUAAGAUGAGUGUGGUCUUGUGAGAUAAUCUCCCAAGUGAGUAGAGCCUUACCCAACAUUGUCCACCUACGUCCAUAAACAUAGUUAUGAAAAAAAAACAAAGCACACCCUCUUAGAAUUCUAUAGUUUUACCUAUCUGGACCUUAAAAGGUCUUAAAAUGAGGUAAAUACCACAUCAGAUGAACAACAACACACAACAGAUUCCAUCACUUUCAAAGUGGAAGACCUUGUGUGGAAAAACUAAAUACACCUCCUGAAUAAGCAGCUUGUAGAACCACCCUUAGCAUCAAUAACUUGAAGUAAUGGUUUUCUCUGACUUUCUCGCAUAUUGUUUUGGAGAAAAGCUGGCCCACUCUUCUUUACACUGUUGUAGUUCAUUGAGGUUUGUAGGUAUUAAUUUUAUGCACAGCUCUCUUAACCCCUAAAGGACAACCGUCAUACAUGUACAGCGAAAGUCCCAGGUUUAAACAUUGUGCCUGCUCAGAAGUUGAGCAGGCAUCAUAGCCACCAGGUUUCUACUGUUUUAAACAGCAGACACCCAGAGGCAAUGACCAUGGUAUAUAUGUGGUAAAAUCCCAGGUGUGCAGCCUGAAAGGCUCACGCACGCCGAGAUUGGGGUUGCUGUGGCAGCCUCUGGCUGGGUGAAGGAUCUUGGGCCUGCCACAUAUGUAACAUAGGGAAUCUUUAAUAGAUUGUUAUGGUAAUUCAUUGCAGUCUAUGGGAGAAGCGAUCAGAUGAUCACAUGUUCAAGUACCCUAGGGGGAAACUUAAAAAAAUAAAAUAUAUAAAAAAAAAUCCUAACUCAAAACGUCCUCUUUUCCUGUAUUAAAAAUAAACACCUAAUUAGCACUGCUGCAUCCCAAAAUGCCAAUACUACUAAAAUAUAAAUGUGUUUAACCCUUCUGGGAAUUCUGUAACAGAAAUUAAAAAAAAGUCAUACACACUCCAAAAUGGUAUCAAUAAAAACUAUAGAUCACCUCUCAAAAAAUGAACCCUCAUGCAGCUCUAUAGACCUAAAUUUAAAAAGGUAAUGGGUGUCGGUAUAUGGCAGUGAUGCUAAACCUGCGACCCUCCAGCUGUUGCAAAACUACAAUUCCCAGCAUGCCCUAAUAGAUGUAGGCUGUCCAAGCAUACUGGGAAUUGUAGUUUUAUAACAGCUGUAGGGCCGCAGGUUGGGCAUCCCUGGUAUAUGGCAAACAACAUUUUUUUUAAAGUAUUAAAACACAAACUAUAUAAAUGUAUCGCUGCAAUUGUCCUGACCCAUAGAAUGAAGGUAACAGGUCAGCUUUAUCCCUUAGAGAAAGACAUGAACAUGAUACCCAUAAAACUAUAUUAGAAUAGUUUUUUUUAGUUUUUUUAAGUUGCACCCUUUUUUGAAAAAUAAAAUUUUCUAGCUCCUUACUACAAACUAUGCAAUAUAAGAUGGAAUUAUUAGAAAGUACAAUUUGUCUUGUGAAAAACAAGCUCUCAUACAGCUAUGUGAACCUUAAAAUAAAAUGUUAUGGCUUUGGGACAGCAGGGAGUAAAAAAAAAGAGAUUCAAGGACUGAAGUCUGGACUUUGACUGUGUGUAACACCUCGAUUCUUUUAUUUUUCAGUCAUCCUGUUGCAUGACCCAGUUUCAGUUAAGCUUAUGCAAGACAUUUUGUAAUAUAGUUUACCAAGAAAAAGUAGCACCUUCCAGGAGCCUUCAGUUCUCCUUUUAUUACCAAAUAUUUAGAAACCUCUUAAGUCAGUAAAACAUUUGUCCUCAGUAAGGGCUUGUGCUGCGGACAUAGUCUGUCCCCAUUCUGGU